ACUACGGCUACGUCUGACGGUGCUGCGGCGGCCAACGAGGAGUAUCUCACUUGCCUCAGAGUUGUGUGUAAAAAUAUUUUCAUUCACAUUCGCACCACAUCGGCUGAUGCGACUUGUGUGUGCCACAACUGUUGUCGUUGCCUUCGCCAUCGUCAUCGUCAUAGCCAUCGCCAUCGCCAACAUCAUCCGUCGUCGUUGUCGCUGUACGCUGUCGAGUAGUUGCUGCUGUCGAACGCAAAUGGAGUUUAAAAGUAUCUAAAACAUUAAUUUGUUGUGUGUACGCGUACUCGUAUCUUAUAAAUAUAAUUUUGUCUAUAAAACAAAAUCAAAAUCAAAACAUUUGAAACUCAGUGAGAUUUGAGAUUUAAUUAUGUGACAACCGUCGUUUGAAGCGCAUGUAAAUUCUUACGGUAACUCAUUCAUUCAUUUUUGUUGUUGUUUAUCGUUUUUGUGCAUAAAAAGAUAUAAAUAAUUGCAUGCCUAGAUACUCCUGCAACGACAGACAGUGGAGUAUCUGCAAGUUUUGAAAGUUGUCAACCGGUCAUAUCGAAUUACUUGCAUCUUGUUUUUUUUUUUAAGUUUUAUUUAAUUAAGAUUUUUAUGAUGAUAUUUUAAAAAAAAUUAUAAUUUGGUGAAAUUAAAUACACAAAAAGUGAAAAUACCUUUGAAAAAAAAAGUUAUUGUCAGUUUGAUAAAAGAAUAAAAAGUAAAUUAAUUUGAAUUUAAACAAUGAUGUCCGAAUAUCCGGUGGUGGAUUUGGAUUUUGAUUUGAAUGGAAAUAGAAAUUAUUGCGAAAAAGUCGCCAAAAUGAUGUUAUUACCUUGUGGAGUCGUUUAUUAUGAGAAUUGUAUGCUAUAGGCAAUUGAAAGUAUCUCCAAUACUGUCUAUCUGCAAAAUACACUACACUCUACUCUAUACGUUAGAAAUCCCAGUGUGAUUAUUCAAUGUGGGGAAGUGGUAUACACCUCUGGAAUACCAAUUUCUAUAUCAUCAGCCUGAAAUCUGAGUAUCUUUUGUGUUGUGAUUUGUGUUUUAUUUUUGUUUUUUAAGUUGUUGUUGUUGUUGUCAUCGUCAUUGUGGUGGAUAUAAAAGAAUUGCAGGAAAAAAGUAUCAUACGAAGAAAUUAAAUUCAAAUUACUAUAUCUAGUAUCUACUCUUAAAUUGCAUCUAAUACUAGAUAGAGAUACACCAAGAACGCAUCCCGCCGAAGUAGUAUAUCUUUUUGUUUGUUCUUCCAUCAUAAAAAUACGGCAAGAGUUUGAAUUGGUGCAGUGGUGCGGUUUGUUCUUGUGGUUGCAGUGUCGUUGUCGUUGUUGUCCGGCGGCCGGAGGCGACUCUAACUCGUGUGCGAGGUGAAAGAUAGUGCAUUUUCCGGUGAUAAAUAAAAUAAUAUUUAUUUUGGAUCGCAUCCACCAUAGUGUGAUUCAAAAGUGAUUUUGUGUGCAAAUUAAAUGAAGUAUCUAUAAAACCGGCACUACGACCUAUCGAGCGAGUAUCUUUUUGCUUUACUCUGUUUUACUAUAUUUUACUGUUUUUUUUGUUUGUUAUUGGUUUGUUUGUAAAAUUUAAAAAUAGUUUAAUUUUUGUUUAUUUUCAACGAACAAUUUCGGCUAAAAGAACGCACUUUGAUUAUCAAGAAUAAUAAAAAGAUAUAUCUAUGUUUGCAUAGAGAGAGCGAGCAAGUUAUUGGAUUUAUUUGCCCACAUUUUUCUUCUAUUUGUGUUGUCAUUUUAUUUUUUUUAAUCGUCUAUCACCGGAAAAGCAGUGGAACGUAACGAAUUUCAAUUUUUUAUACCACAAGUGCAAGAAACGACCAGAUUUGCCAGAUCCUUUCCAAUGAAUCACCACAAUAAUUUAAGAUACUCAUCAUUUUAAUUUAAACAAAAUUGUACCAAAACAGAAAAUACAAAUCUCAUCAUAUCAACGAAAAAUAGAAUAUAGUAAAACAUAACCUACACCUAUCCAUAUAGAAUUUUAUUUUUUAAAAAGGCAUGAUUGUGGACAAAACUGAAAAUGUCAGCGAACAAGCUUGGACAAAGCUAUUAGAUGAUAAGGAUACAAACGGUGCUGUGAUUGUUAAAAAUACAAACGAUACGGAUAGUAGUAAUCCCAAAGAGAGUCCAUUGUCAAUGGACCCACCACAAACAAAAAGCAAAGAGUCAAUAUUAGGAACAUUCCAUAGGCAUUUAAGGAUGUCACUUAAGGCAGUUAGUGAAUCUCCAGGACCAAUUACAAGGUACCGUCAGACACGUUUUUCCUCCCGGCGUGUUAGAAAACGUGUAAUAUUCAAACAUGGAGACUGUAAUGUUGUUCAAGGCAAUGUUGCCAAACGAAGACGAAGGUAUUUACAGAAUCUCUCUCUUCUUUGUAAGGAUAUAUUCACAACGUUAGUGGACGCACAGUGGCGCUGGACCCUGCUGGUAUUCGCUCUCAGUUUUCUAUUAUCCUGGACGGCGUUCGGUUUUGUAUGGUGGACGAUAGCAUACGCACACGGUGAUCUCGAGUACAUUCAUUUGCGCGAGAGGGAUGCAGAAGCUGCCGAACACAUGAACUUCACAAUGUGCGUCACAGAGAUCAGAAGUCUCACAUCGGCGUUCUUGUAUUCCAUAGAAACGCAACACACAAUCGGUUAUGGUAAUCGAUUUGUGACGGAGGAAUGUCCCGAGGCCAUUUUUACAAUGUGCUUCCAGUGCAUUAUGGGAGUUUUCAUUCAAGCAUUUAUGGUCGGUAUUGUUUUUGCGAAGCUUUCGAGGCCAAAGAAACGCGCACAGACGUUGUUGUUCUCGCGGAAUGCGGUCAUCUGUCAUAGGGAUGGAGUGCCGUGUCUGAUGUUCCGUGUGGGUGACAUGCGGAAGAGUCAUAUCAUUGAGGCACAUGUUCGAGCGCAAAUAAUUCGCAAGAAGGUGACAAAAGAGGGAGAAAUUAUGCCUUUCUAUCAGCAGGAACUGACAGUGGGGGCUGACGGUGGUGAGGAUAGACUCAUGUUCAUCUGGCCAACAACAAUUGUACAUAAAAUCGAUAGGAAGAGCCCUUUGUAUACAUUGUCCGCAUCGGACAUGCUAAAGGAACGUUUCGAAGUUGUCGUUAUGUUGGAAGGUGUAAUUGAGUCUACUGGUAUGACAACGCAGGCACGUUCGAGUUACCUACCAUCGGAAAUACUAUGGGGACAUCGUUUUGUAAACGUUGUGUCCUUCCGCAAGGAAACCGGAGAGUAUGAGGUCGAUUAUACUCUGUUUAAUAACACAUACGAUGUGGAUACACCGUUGUGUAGCUCAAGGCAACUGGAUGAAGUUAAGGCUGAAUUUAGUAAAAACAGCAAAACGGGAUUAGUACAAGUUCGUAUAUUCCCUUGGAGUGAUGAGAUAAAUAACAGCCCAAAUCAAAUAAAACGUGCCCUUUCUGCCGGUAUCUUGCCCCGUAUCUCAUCGGCUGCUUCCUUAGAUCCUGCCAGUGAUGAGUCCCUAGACUCUGGCCGCCUGCAUAUGCGAGCAGGUUCAAUACCAAAUGGCAUCUUACCCAAUGAAGAUGCCGAUGGCCAUUCCAUAAACAACAAUAACAUCACCUGCAAUACAGCAUUACUAUCGCCAAAUGGAAUUACGAUAAAUAGUAUUAAUGAAAAAUCCAGAUCCAAAUCGGUUCCCAGAAGAUUGUCGAUAAAACAAAAUCAAUUAUCAGUUGAUUCAAUUUGCUGAUAUAUGUGUAUGUUUUCCAGUUAAAUAAUAUUUAGUCAAAUAUAACAAAACAAAAAUGCUAUAAUAAUUAUAAAAUUAAAGUCCUAGACAAAACAUAAUUCAUUAAAAUUAUAAUUUAAAAAAGUUAAAAACUAAACAAACAAAAAUCAACAAAAUCUAAUAAGAAUCCACUCUAUACAUUGUAAGUAUAUUGUGUAUUUUAAGAUUUAAGAUUUGUUUGUUCUUCCUCCUCUCAAAACAAUUAAUUAGAAACAAAAACACCUUUAUAUUAUUAUUUAAUAUUUAAUAUGUAAAUUUAAGGAAACAAAAUUUGUUAUUUUAAUUUUAUUCCAACACAACAAAAAACAAAAACAAAAAAUAAUACAUUUUUCCACUUGACUUAAUUUAUUUUCUAUUUCAAACAUUCGAAAGAAUUAAAAUUUAUUUUUAUUUUAUUUUUUACAUAACAAACAAAAAAAACCGCUUAAAAAGCAAAAUUAUUGUCAAAAAAAAAGAAUUUAAUUCAAAAUCAAAAUCCAAGCGGAAGAAAUUUAAAAACCAAAAUAUUUCCUUUCCUUGUUUUUCAUUUCAAAAUCAAUGAAAAAUGCAAAUAUUUAAUAUCUAUUAAAAAAACAACAAUUUAAAAAUAAUGUUAAAAAUGCUUAUGCAAAUUUUUGUAUUGUAUCAAGUGUUUUGUUUUAACGAAUUUAUGAAUAUAUUAAAUAUAUAAUUAUGUAUAUUUUAUUUUUUUGAAAACAUUUCUUUUUGAAUGAAAAUGAAAGUGUAAAACACAUACAAAUUGAAAGGAUAGAACAUAUGAUAUUGCACAAAUCUAAUUUGUUGCAAAUUUGUAUGUAAAAUGAGAAGGUAGCCUAAAUUAGGAAAAAAAAAUAAAUAUCUCAAAGUUAUUAUUUAAAAUUAAAAACAAAAAAAAAAAAAAAACAUAAACAAACGAUCUAAAAAUAAAAAUUCAAAAAUAAAGAAAUACAAAUAAAAACUGAA